AUGUCCGGCAUCAUCAGCCUAAAUUACACAUUUUCGCAAUAUUUUGUCGAAGCCUACACCCCGAAUUCCUUCAAAAGUGAAGCGUGGCGAAAUAUGAUUUGCGGGUUGCCGAGCACAAUUAUUCUUGGGGCCAUGACGUCUUUAUUACUCUAUCGAAGGACGUUACUCAAGAAAUAUUCGAACACAAUUUCAUUUAUGACAAUAACGAUUUUUAUACUAUCCACUCCUAUCGUUAUCUAUAACACAACUUGGUAUAUUCUGCUCUGUUUUAUGGACCGUAUUACGUAUCCGGCCGUGAUAUGCCUAUUUUUGAAAAAAUCGCCCAGCUCAGUAUGGUAUUGCUCCUUUUUGGUGCCUUCGGUAGUUGCCCUAAAUCGCUUUCUUAUGAUCGUCUACCAUCACCGGACGACGAUACGAUUUUCUUGUGUUGUAUUGUUUUUUAUUUGGUUACCAAUGCUCCUGUACGACAUCAGCCACUUCCUUAUCGGCGUCCCGACAAAUAAUGAUAAUUGCCAUCCACUUCUUUUUACAAGUGUACCGAUUUUACAGCAGGCCUAUACCUUCUACGUCUUUUUGGCAACGUUUUCUGGAGUUGCGCUGAAUGCGGCUACUUUUAUUCACAUUAAAAGAUAUGCUAGAAGAGCCGGAAUGGCCGUAAAAGUGGACGACAAACAGCUUUUCUACUCUGUUAGUCUCCAAUCCCUGGUGCCGUUUUGUAGCACGGGGCUAAAGGCAUUAUCGACAUUGUCGGUUUAUUCUAAUCAAUUCCGACUUCCCGAUUGGGUGAACGCGUUCUCGAACGUCUACGCAUUAUUGGGCUCCUCGUUGAUACCGUUGAUUUCGAUUGCCAUGGUGGGCAAGCUGCGGCGGUCGCUGAUCAAAGAGCCGGUGACGAACAUGGUGAACAGCUCGCUGAAUCGGAAGACGAUGUUCUUUCAGAAGACGGCCAGGCUCGCGCUUGUGGCAAAGAAUAAAAACAAAACCCAGCCCUCGAGCUCUUCCUCAACUGCUGCUCAACAAACGCAACGUAAGACCCUUGGUUCAAUUGCUGAACUACAAGCUACAACUCUAAGAACUGCAGCU